AAAACCAAUCUCCAUCGUUCCUUCACAAAUUCUUAUUCUCUCUCAUGGAAGCACUGCCAAAUCCAGUGAAGAUUGUUGAGGAAUGCAGAGUCGGUCCAAUGCCGCCGGCCUUAUCUGCGCCCGGCUCACUUCCUCUCACCAUUUUCGAUCUUCUGUGGUUGAGAUUUCCUUCAUCCCUAGUUAUCCAACGCUUGUUCUUCUACGAAUUACCCCCUCAUCUGGGCACGGCCGCCGCUUUCUCCGAGACCGUUCUUCCAAAAUUGAAGCAAUCCCUCUCUCUUACCCUCCAGACCUGGACUCUUCUCGCCGGAAAUUUGGCUUGGCCUCAGAGUUCCGACAAACCGCUAAUCCAAUACUCCGACGGCGAUGCUGUCUCGCUCACCGUAGCCGAGUACGGAGCCGAUUUCCACCGUCUCUCCGACAAAUCCAGCUUCCGUGAAGCGACAGAGUACCAUUCUCAUCUACCAGAUCUUCCAUCUUCUCACGCGAGAGUUCCAGUUCUGGCUUUGCAAGUCACUCUUUUCCCGAACUCGGGGUUUUCCGUUGGUUACAGUGCGCACCACGUUGUAGUGGACGGGAAGACCCUAAGCAUGUUCAUGAAUUCAUGGGCUUCGAUUUGUUCGUCUUCUAAUUCCAUGGCGGAUCAGCCAUUCUAUGGCCGGGCCUUUCUCUCCGAGGAUCAAGAAAGAGCUAUGCUAAAUAGGGUCCUGGAUCAAGGCGGACCAAACAACAAGAGUGUCAUGCUCAUGGACCUGAAAUCUCCGGGCGAUGCCGCCUUUGUCACAUUCCAACUCACACGUGCCAACAUAGAGACCCUCAAGAACUGGGUACGAGCCAGACUGGAUAGGAAUCAGCAGACUGAUGUUCAUUUGUCAAACUUCACAGCAAUCAGUGCUUUCGUUUGGGUUUGUUUAAUCAAGCUCCAUGGAAUGCGAGGAGGUGAGAAAGCUCAGCUUAUGUUCGCUGCGGAUUGCAGGGGUCGAUUAGACCCUCCUGUGCCUUCAACAUAUUUCGGGAACUGCGUUGUGGGUUGCUGUGCAACCGCAGAUGUGGAUGGCCUGCUGGGAGAAGAUGGAGUGGCCAUGGCAGCCAAAGUAAUCGGUGAAGCCAUAGAUGAUCUGAAACAUGCAGAUCUGAAAGCAGCCCAAGAUCUUAUAUUUGGUAGAGCUUCAACUCCGACAUCACUAGAUAAAGUUUUCACCAUUGCGGGGUCACCUCGGUUUGAGUUCUACAAGGUCGAUUUUGGGUGGGGGAGACCGAGGAAAGUGGAGGUGAUCUCCAUUGACAGAACUGGAGCUCUCUCUCUUUCAGAUUCCGGGGAUGGCACAGCCAUUGUUGAGAUUGGAUUAGCUCCGAAGAAAGACAAAGUUGCAGAUUUUGCUUCUUUGUUUGCUAGUGGCCUUGAAGCUUUUGCAAGGCCAUAGAAGUUGCAUUACUAUCUAAUGAAGUUAGUAGUCCCGAGCGUAGAUAAACUGGCAAGGAAGAGUGUAUUGGGUUGUUGCUCUUGAAAUGCUUUGGUUUGGUGUUCGAACCCUGAUUAGGAGAUUGUUCAACAGGUAAGGAGCGAUCUUAAAAAUGAAAAAUACUUGCCGCCCUCACAUUUGCGGUUGUGUUAGGGUCGGAACCUAUUUGCUAGAUUUCCUAAUUCACCUCUCUUAUAGA